AUGCCACAGAUACCCGCUGCUUUACCACUCUUCAGCUUGGAGAGGGCCCCUCUGACUUCCGUCAGGGAGGGUGGAACCUUGCUGAUGGCCAGCCUGGAAUGCUCUCAGAAUGCCACGGUGACCCUGUUAGCCGCCGAGGAAGAAGUCCAGAUUAACUCUCCCAACUUCCCCUCCCUCUACCCGGCCAAAACUGACUGUGGCUGGAAGUUCAAGGGAAGCGAUCCGGCAGCGCGUCUCAUUCUGUUCUGUCCAGCUUUCUAUCUCAAAAAAGUCAAGGAUCAAAACUGUACCGAGUACUUAGAAGUAAAUGAAAUCAAGUACUGUGGUUCAGAAGCUCCUGUUUUCAAUGCCACAGACGACUUGGUGUUGAACUUCAAGUCAGAAGAUGGUUUAAUGCCUGGGUUCAACUGCACUGUCACUGCAACACUGUUAAAAGAUAAACUCCAGCCAAUUGUUAAAGAAGGAACCCAGACAUCCAAUUCUUCAGAAAAGCAGACACGUUGUGGAGAAAAAUACGAUGUAUUUGGAAUAACGAGGAUCGUCGGCGGAGAGCAGGCGACCCCGUACGAGUACCCUUGGCAGGUGGGCCUCGUGCAGACCACCUCUCGGAAUGUCUUUUGUGGCGGAUCUAUCAUCACCAGGAAAUGGGUCCUCACAGCCGCACAUUGUGCCGCAAGCAUGAUCGGCAAAGAGUCCAGAUUCAAGGUGCUGGUGGGAGCGUACAUCUUGUCUUCGCCGUCGAUUAUCCAGCAAAAUCUAAGCAUUCGACGCAUCAUUCUGCACGAAAACUACAAUUCACAUGAGCUAGACAGCGACAUCGCUUUUCUGGAGGUGGACCCGAUCGAGUUCAGCCAAAGGGUAGGACCCGUGUGUUUGCCGGACCCCAGCGGCUUCUUCGACAAUGUCACGGGAACGGUGACGGGCUGGGGCACCCUGAAGGCCGAUGGCGAGCCGUCGAACGUGCUGAUGGAGGUGGACGUGCCAACUAUGACCAACGCCAAGUGUCGCCAGGCAUACGGCGACUACCUCACGGAAAAUAUGCUGUGCGCAGGAUACCCUAGGGGAGGGAAGGAUUCGUGUCAGGGCGACUGGGGGGGCCCCCUCGUGUACCAGAGUCCGAAAAAAACCGGGCGCUGGGAGCAGAUUGGCAUCGUGCCCCUGGGGAGCGGGUGUGCCGGUGUUGGGACUCCAGGAGUCUACACAAGACUCACCUCCUACAUCGACUGGAUCAACAGCGUUAUCAAGGUAACGAACUGAUUCGGCUCCAGUGACCCCGACGAGAAAGGCUAAACAGAAAUCAUCAAAGUGAUGCAGGAUCUCCGUGACCUUCUGUCAUUUUUUUUUUAGCCUAGAUUUUUAUUAUUAUUAUUAUUUUUUUAUUGAUCCAGUGAACACUUCUCUCAUUGGUACGCCAGUCAGAUCGCACUGCUUUCCCAGGCGCGUGCACUGGAAAGCAGUGUAAAUGUAACUCGUCAUUGAGAAUUACCUUUUAGUUUUGAACGUAGUUUUACAACACACUGUUAGAGUGUAUUAUAAUAUUAAAUAUCCAGUGAAAUAAAAAAUUCUGUUUCAUUUUCGUAAAAGUACAUA